ACACGAGAAUUUUAUAUAUAAGAUAUUUGUUUUUAUUUGGAAAUGUACUAUAAUCUACUAACAAUUUUUAAUAUUAAUUUUUAAAUAGAAGUGUCGUUAAACUAAAAGCAGUUUCAAAACUUAAAAAGUAUCAUCCCUGGUGGGGAUCGAACCCACGACCUUUGGAUUAGAAGUCCAACGCGCUAUCCUCUGCGCCACAGGGACUUGUGAAGACCGUGUUGAAAUAGAUGUACAGCUUAUAUAGCACUCACUGAAAUCAAACAAUACAAAUAUUGUUAUUAUGGAAUAGUUUUACAAUAAUAUAAUACUGUUUUUGUUGAAUACAGUUUUUGUUGGGAAUAUUUUUAAUGUUUUAACUGAUUGAAACGAAGGACAAUGUCGGCUCAAAUUAUAAAAAAAUGCUAAUUUGCUAUGUAAGCGUUGCUAAUAACAACCACUUGCAUCAACAGAGUCAAGCCAACUGUCAAAAAUGUUUGGGAAGUUUGAAAUUCCAGUGAACAGGGAGAGAGUAAUUUUAAAUUUUAAAACGAUGUAGAGUUUACUGUAUUAUAUUAGAUGCUUUAAAAGUUAAAAGUAAUUUUAUUUAGUUGAGAAAAUACCUAUCAUGGAGAAUGUUCCUAUAGAAAACGUACCUUUAUCAAAUGAAUUGAACGAUUAUAACGCCGACGUAUCUGCAGCAAACUUUCAGAAAUUUAUUUACGAAUUAUUUGAGAAAAAAGGUGUUCUUAAUAAUCUUAGGGCAAAUUUACGUGGGCACAUAGUAGAAGUAUUGAAAAGUGCACAAACCGGUGAAGCACCUGCGUGUCACAAAAACUUUACUCAGCGGUUAGAACCCCUGUACCAAGCAAUUAACAUGCUGAUAGCUGAAUAUCUUCUACGUAUGGAGUUUGGUUACAGUCUUUCUGUAUUUGUGUCCGAGAUUCCCCUGGCAAACAUGGUGUUUGAAUUUGCUAGAAACCUUAAGGACAAUCAUGAUAUUGAUAAUCUUAAAUUCAAAGAGAUUGAUGUUUGGUCUGUAUUGAAUUAUUUAGGAUUGAAGUGUGAUUCUCAAUGUGCAUCUAAUAUUCUAAAUAUGUACAGUAAGGAGAAUGUUCCGCUACUUUUGUGCAUCUUGAAUUCUUCAUCUCUGAUACAUCAUCGAGAAUCAUCUCUUGGCGAAGGCAAAGAAUCAUCAGAUAGCCGGUCUUCCAGUGUAAACAGUUUCGACAGUCUAAAGAGAAGCACACACGUAAAAACCGCGAGUAAAAUAGCUUCAUCCCAUGAGCACUGCAGACAUUUGGCGUUCUGUAAGACAUGUCAAGGGAAAAUGAGUAGAAUGAAAGACAGAUAUAAGAGAUCGAAGAGGACACGUUUAAUCGAGACUAAUAAAUCGUGGAAUAGAAAUCCUGAAAGUGUUGAAAUGCUUAUGCGGAAUGUCGGGGAGAUGGAACAGAGCCUUGUAGACGAGAUGUUUCAGCAACUAAAAGGUGUUUAUGAGGCCGAAGUGGACAUGAUAAGGCAGAAUGAGGAGAAGACUGUCAAUCGCUCGCUAGCAUCUCACGCCCUCCAGCUACACAAGCAGAGAGAAGAAAUGGAGCAAUCGUUCAAAGCUCGCGAGGCAGAAUUGGAACGCAGUGUACAAGAGAAGAAACAGUUUCUAUGGGGGUUAGCGCGAGCCCUACGCGAUCAGCAUGCCAACAUGAUGCGCGCUAUGAAAGCCCUGAAGGGUGAAACCGACCGACUCACCGAAAAGGAAGACAGCUUAAAGGCACAACUUCUGGAAGCAGAAGAAAUGCUCAAGAAACGGGGGGAGGAAAUGCGGAAGCAGAUAACGGAUGAACUUCAAAUACUUGAGGGUCACUUAGAAUCGAUGAAGAAAGAGCGAGACAGCAUAGAGAGAGAACGAAAGGAACUGGAACGAUUCCAAAGCGCUUGUAACACGAACAAUCAAGUUGUCCAGGACUUGGCGAAUGAAGAAAUACGUUCGCACUACGAUUUGCUCAAAAACGAAUUGGGGAUAUUGAAGAAAUACUUGGAGGCGACCAAACUCGAGCCGAAGUGUGUGAUAGAGAGAAGCACUCUUACUGAAAUGAGUAAUAUCACGUCGAAACUCAAUUUGGUUUUGAACAACGAGCAGCAUCUUGAUAAGAGUCCAUUAAAGACUGACAGCGAGGAAAGGAUGAGGACACCGAAUAAAGUCGUCAAUGACCUGAAGAAGCAAAAGAAUGUGAAUUUCAGUACGUGUAAUACAGAAGAGGUAUACCGUGAUAGUCGCAGUCGUCUAUCUGUAUCAAGCGAGGCAGCAGAGAUCUCUCGUGAUCGCGACCAAGACCUCAUCGAGCGACUGCAGGAAGAGAACGAACGACUCCGGACUUUUGCUAGCCAGCAACGCGAGCACAUCGACGACCUAUCGAGCGAAGGCGCGCGGCUGCGGGCGCAGCUCGUAGCCGUGCGGUUUCCGGCCGGCACCCGCCCCCGCACCGCGCCCGCGCUGCUACCGCAACCUGCCAUACGCAGUUUGAAUGCUAGCGUGAGUUGCAACUCGGUCGGAUGGCGAAAGGGCGCGGGGGAGGAAAUGAGUGUGUACACAAACACCCAGCCACGAAUCCUGCUGCCGGGAGACGCGGUGCCAUUCAUCGGGGCUUUGAGAGACCGUUCCGCAGACGACAGGAGACACUUAAUAAACCAAUGGCGGUCUCUGAGGAGAGCUGGUAGCAAACCACACCCUUACUCAGCAGCCAGGGAGACCAGCCUGAUAGCUUGCGCCGGUCCAGUAAGAACGGGCUCCAGUAAUCGCGCUCCUUUGGAAAACGAAGAGGCAGCACAGUCAAGCAUACCAACCUUGAAGAACUUGGAAUACCAGCCGCAAACCACACGGGAAAGACCAAAAGAUGGUACAGUGGAAAAACACGAGUUGAGAGAAAAAAGUCCGAAAUCAGUGUUGAAAGAAGCCCAAGAUAAAUUAAUAAAAUACAACUACAGUAGAAGCCAGGCGGGCAGCAGUCGUGACAAAAGCCCCAGUUCAGUGUUACGCGAGGCUAAAGUCAGACUGAGGAAACUUGAGAUUGAGGCUGAAGCAGUAGAGAACUCCUACCUCGACUUCCGGAGAAGACAGACGGAAGUGAGACAAGCGAGAGACAGAAAGGAUUAUCAGGAACCUUCGUAUGAUUUAAAAUUUACACCAUCUAACGACAGACAGCAAACAAGCACCGAAGCUCAACCGUACGCGUCAGCAUCUCAAACACCAACAGUAUUAGACAAAUACAGAACAAUAGUAAACACACUAGCAAACUUGAAAACAUGGACACCGGGACACACUAACACCCGUCCUAUACCGCCAGCCUACUCAAAACUAGAAUCACAAUUGAAAGAAUCUCAACAAAGACGAGACUAUUACUUAGAAACACCGCUAGCAGAAUUCAGAAAGCUAUAUCGUUCGCAAACAUCACCCAUACGCGAAAGAUCUUUAGAGAAAAAUCCCAGUCAAGAGAAGGAUUUACAAUUUUCAGCUGACAACCAUGAAGAUGAUUUACAGGGUGUUUCCGAGUUCAAAAUCAAAUCACUAAGACAAUCCACGAACAAAGACGAGGCACAGGAUAUGCAAGAUAUUUCUGAGGCACGAUUCAAAUCCCCAAGUAAACCCACGAACGAAAACAAGAAAUGGGCUUUGCAAGAUGGUUCUGAGCCAAGAAUUAAAUCACCAAUACGAUCUACGACCAAAGACGAUGAACAAGCUUUGCAAAAUGUUUUAGAGCUAAAAAUCAAAUCACCAAGACUACCCACGAGCAAAGAAGACGAACUCGAAAUCCUAAAAGAAAACAUCAACAAAAUAUACAACUUAAACCCAAGUGACAUCGAUAAUAAAGUCGCUCCAAUAAUAGAAAUCAUUGACAAUAAUGAAAACGCCAUUACUGAAACAGAAGAUCUAGAAGAAGAAAUAGAAGCAGAAAAUAUUAACGUGAUAGAAGAAUCGAAAGAGUACGGUGAUAUUAUCAGUGAACAAGCACAACCAGAGUUACUUUUAGUAGUCGAAAGUACUGUAGAAACGAAGGAUAUAGAUAUAUCAGAGACAGAAAUGCACCACGAAAAGAUAUCGACACAGAUGACGAUAAUAGUUAGUCCUAAAUUGGAUGAGUUUAAUGAUGAAACGCUACAGUUAAAAAGAGAAGGACACGAGAGAACUGUGUCUCCGGAACAAGCUGCGAAACUAACAAGAAACGACGCAUUGAACGCUAUAUUCCAAGCUGAUCCUAAUAAAGUGUAUUCCAGUGUGGAAACUGAAUUAGACGUGUCUAAACAGGGAGUAGAAGAUUCUAUAAGCGACCAAGAGAAAGCCUUAGAAGACUACCCUGAUGAUUUUUCCGCCGAUGUAGAUAAUUAUAACAGUCGGUCAGAUUACGAGGCCCUAUCUCCCGUGUCCAUAAUGAAAAACUCCGAAGACGACAAUUUCUGGGACACGUAAAAUGUGAUAAAUAAAACAAACAUCGAAACCAUUCAUAAUUUAUUCUAUAUAAUGUCUAUUGUGAAUUAAAACAUACAAUAUAAACUUUUCUUUUUUAAAAAUUCUCUUUCGUUAUUUUUAUUAUUAUUUUUUUUUAUUUUCUUUUAUAUAUAUAUUAUAAAAGUACAAACGUUUCUCAGUGCAACAUUCCACUUUUUCACACUUUUGGCAAUAACACAAAUGUUCUGACGGUUCUCUAUAACAUACAUAUAAAUGCUUAAAAAUCAGUAGAAAUAACAUUAUUGUCAUUACAGGGCUAUAAUUAUAAUGGAAUCAAGUGAAACUUUACUAGAAACAUUUAACACAAACUGGUGCUAAUAAAACAAUACAAAAGUGCUUACAAUCAAUUAUUAUCAAUCAAAAUAACAUAUUUUCUUAUUAUACACAUUUGAGAUUAUAUGUCUUAUGCACUUAACUUGGCUAUUCGUGAUUGCUAUUUGGAAACAUGUGACAUCAGCCCGUCCUUUUCAUUCCUCGUAGAGCAGACAAGGACAGACUGAUGUAAAGUUCACAAAUAGCAAACACGCAUAGCCCAGCGAAGUGCCGGCAUUACGAAAUAACGGAGAUACCGCACUUAAGUAACACAUUUUAACUAAGAUUCAUAAUCAAUGGAUCAUACUUCAACAUUAAAAUGUUAACCAAAAUUACAUGAUCAAAUCGGUAUAAUAACAGUUAGAAAUAGUCCCAUCAUUUCAAUAUAAAAUAUGCAAAAUGUAAAGAAACAGAUCAGAUUAGUAAGUGUGAGAUGUUAUUUGAAUAGAGAAAUAUGUAGAAAGAAUCAGUUUGGUCCUUAAAAUGACUGCUACAAAAUAAUAAGUACUAUUUAGUAGAACAGAGUAAAAGAGUUCUCGCUUGUUUUCUUGUCUGCUGCAGUGUAUAUUGCAUUCUCACCGCCUUAUUUCAAUACGCAGACUAAAGUUAAACUGGACUUACACUGAUGCUGUCACUUUUGUUUGCUAUUAAUAAGACACAGACAACAUUAGGUUUCAACCAGGUCUUACUUUAGUCCGCGUUUCGGAAUAAGCAUGUAUAAGUACAAUUCGAUCCUUUUCAUACGAUAUUAAUAAAGCUACUUUAUGUCGAAUGCGUAAGGCAAAUUUUCAUUGUUCCAAAAAUGUAAGUAAGGUUCAAACAUAUAACAACUUUAUUAAGAGCGUUUGUGGUAACCCUUGGUGGUUCCAAUGCUUGACUAAAAUGUUAUGUUUGUAAUCUUAUUAGCUUAUCUUAACUUAAAACUAAAUUUGACAGGCAGUAUCUCGUUUUUAAUCUCUAAAAAGAAUGUGAAUGAAUGACACAAUAAAUGAAGAAUUUAAUAUAAUACAUAUUAUUUCAAAUCUAAAAAAAUAUUGGUCUCUUUCGUUUAUCAAGUCGUUGUAUACGAUUUUGACCAUUAAAGUAUAUGCUUUUAGGUGAAAUUUUAAAUUACAGUAUAGUGAGUAGAUGAAAAGCCUAUGAAAAUAAAGUGUUCAUAGUAAGGGGGCGUGCACUUUGAAUGUUUUCGUACGUAUAUACACAAACACAGUUUGGCUAUUUGACGUAGAAAACUACUUGCAGAGUUGGCCACUUAAUUCGUACUGCCUACUUUGUGCGUAUACGUAUGAUCAUAAUAAUUCGCACGGUAAAAUAUCUGGAUUUAUAGCUCCCUAUUAAAACUUACAAUAUAUUUGCAUUACAGCAACAAAUUGAGUAAGACAUUGAAAAAUAAGUUUAAAAUUAACGUUUAAACGAUUUUGCACAUUUUCCAUUGAAAUGAACGCAACAGGACUGUGGUGGAUAAACAUACAUGUUACAAACAUCAUGUGCAAUAAUAAUAUAUAGAAGACUAGCUGACCCAGCGAACUUCGU